UGGUCUGAAACUCACAUGACAUGUCUCCGAACAUCCAUAAUUAUGUUACUGAUAUUUUUGCACCCCCCUCUAAAAGAUGUCAGCAUCCUACUAUCCCCUGUCUCCCGAUUACAUCUCAUAGCUCAGAGCAAAGCAACACACCCCGUGAUUAUUUGGUUGUCUAAAGCAAAUAUGACAUGUCCGAAUAACUUAGCGCCUGGUAACUUCCUGAUGGAUUCGCUGAUGGGAGGAUCAUCUUCCUUCAGGAGUGAGGGUUAUCCCAGCAACCCUGGAAUGUACAUCCACUCAGCUGCAGAGUACGGAUAUUCAGUGAUGAGAAACUCUGGAAAGGUUGGACUAUCUACACUUUCCAAAACAGACGAUGUUGCUCCAAGCGGUGUGUCGCUCGGCGGCUUCCAGGAUGCACCCUACCUGUCGUCGUGGACCCCGGUCUCCAAAUCCAGCAGGGACGAGCAACCUGUUGCCCAGUGUUUACAGCCCUGCUCGCUUCCAACAGGGAGCGUCAAAGAAGAGGCGUUUUGCUGCCUCUAUCAGGAUGACAGCAAUAAGGGGAAGCAGACAACAGAGCCAACCACCUACAUCCGGCUUGGAGACAAUGGCAGCCGGCCUGGGCAGACUGUCGCCUCUUCAAGCCGCUGUUUCCAGGUGUACAGCGGGGACAGGCCGCAGCGGGAGGAGCAGCAGUUCCCCCCCGGUUUCUCUUUGACCCACUUGGCGCCUUCUGUGGAAUCAAGAGCAGAAUCCACAAUAAACUGCAGCACAUCUGCGCAAGAGACAGCGCCUUCAAAUACAGAGGAGAGGCAGAGCAGGAAGGAAGAGAAGGCCAAGACUAGUAGCUGCUCAGAUAACUCGGACGCAGAAUUAAAAGAUGACUCACCCGUGGAAAAGACAACAGAAAGCUGGUUAAAAGCCAAAAGUGGACGGAAGAAGCGCUGUCCCUACACGAAGCAUCAGACGCUAGAGCUGGAGAAGGAGUUCUUGUUCAACAUGUAUCUGUCUCGGGAGCGCCGCCUGGAGAUCAGCCGGAGUAUCAACCUGACCGACAGACAGGUCAAGAUCUGGUUCCAAAACAGGCGCAUGAAGCUGAAGAAGCUGAACAGGGAGACCCGUGAAAGGGAGCAGGGCGCAGUUUACAACUACUCCUGAUUUAACAAGCGAAAUGACACUAUUACGCACAUGCGCGCGCAUAGGUUCACUUAUGGAUUACAACGAACAUGCAUGCGACAACACGGACAUCCACCCACACACGCACUCACUCACAUAUAUACACACACACGCACGCGCUCACACCUACUGUGCCUUUCUAGAUGAACAAAACAUAGCAAACUGCACAGUGCGGCACUAUCAUUGUGAUAAUUCCACCUAAAAGUGAAACAAAGGCAAACAGGUCACAGUCUCAUCCUGUAAAUAACUGUUGGCAUGUAUGCAGCUUCACUUUGUUGGGCUCUAAUGAAUGUCUUGUCACUUGUGUGCUACUUCCUCGUCGGUGUUUGUGGUGUCUCCGUGCAGUGUAAGGUGCAUGCACAAGAUGACAUUAAGAAAAUGGCUAAUCGUGCCCAAAACAAUAAAAAUGAGCAGAAAAAAUAGGAGCUGCUACUAACUUUGUCCUUCCCCUGGUACAGUGGUGAAAAUGAGAGGGAGGGAUAGACACUGCGGAUGGGAGAAGAAUAUCAUGGCGGUUUUAAUAGAAGUGGGAGACCAUAACGUUGAUUUAAAUAUUAUCCAGGUGACCACAGUAAGUCAAGGUCAUAAAAUUCUAAUGUCAGGUUCGCCCUGGAAAGCGUUGGGGGUGGAUUUUAUGAUCUGCAAAUAUAAUGUGCUGCAGCAGUAAAGAUGCGUUUAAAGGUGUGUGUGGAGGAGGGCUAAUCCACACAGCAGACUUCAGGACCAAGCCGAGGCGCUGGGGCUGGAGGGAGUAUCCGCCUCGCCUCUCUGCCCGGAGAUAAUGGAGCUUUGUGGCAGCAGGGAGAUAAGAAAGAUGGUGGAUAAGAGGACUCAAACUGCUGGAGACGCAGGAGCAAUAUUCGCUUCAACAGCACGUGGAUAACCCAGGAAGGCGACCGCGUGGAGGCAAGCGCAGCCCCAGGCAGACGGAACGGGAGGCAAACCUACAGUCGCUACCAAACUCUCGAACUGGAGAAGGAGUUUCUCUUCAACCCUUACCUGACCCGCAAGAGAAGGAUCGAGGUGUCCCACGCCCUUAGCCUCACCGAGCGGCAAGUCAAGAUCUGGUUUCAGAAUAGAAGGAUGAAGUGGAAAAAAGAGAACAACAAAGACAAGUUUCCGGGUCAGAGAGGGGAGGCUGAGGCAGAAGCCGAGGAAGAGGGCAACGAGGACGGUGAAGGGGAAGAAGCAGAGGAGAAAGAAGCGGAAGAGAAAGAGGAGAGCAAGGAGUGAUUUUAUUGUCCUUUUUAUGGUUAUAUGGCUGAAAAGAGAAAAAGAAGGCUCCCAUAAACAGAGCAAGAGUCACAAGGAGGCAGUGAGCGUCAACUUUAUGACCACCCUUCCAUUUUGUCAAGAGGAAUCCCCCCUCCAAAAAAAUAAAUAAAUAAAUCCUGCUUCAUAAAAAGACUAAAAGGCAAAAUUUUACCCCCCCCCCCCCCAGGGAAAAAAAAUCACGAAGCCCAUCCGCAUUUGGGGAGCUUUCCCACUCUUUAGCAAUUUUUUUUAAAUAAAAUCAACCUUGGCACAAAAAAUAACUUUAAACGCAUGUUAGAUGGAAAAUGGCGAAGCUAUUUUUUUUUUACUAAUUUGCAAAAAGAAAGACGAAAAGAAACUAAUUUUUAAAUCCCAGUUAUUUUGUAAAUACUUUCAAGCUUCCAUUAAAACAUGAUUUCAGAGGUUCUCCAAACACCCCCCAAAUGCGUAAAUGUAGGCCUGCUUCAGAGAGUGCUCAGACAUCAUUACAGCAGCUCCACAUUGGCUAACAGCCCAUGUAUAAACCACACGUCCGAUUAUCAGAAUUGUGACUGUUUCAGUUUGUUUUCAGCUGAAAGAAACUUUAGCCAUCAGACAUCAGAAUUUUUUUCUAGGAUUACCAGGGAAACGCAACAGUUUGAAAUCCUUUGAUGCUACCUAAACCUGGGGAAAUUGCAAUAGAGAUUUCUGAAUAUAGAGAUUUCAUAUGGUUUAAAACAUUUUUUAGUGUUCUAUAUCAAUCUUUUAUGAUUAAGUUAUGUGUAUGUAGCUUUUACCCAGUAUACAAUAAACACUUGUUGAAGACAAUUUUUUGGAGUCUUGGGAGGACAAGUAGCUGAAAGCCAAGCGAACAAUUGAGAGAUUUUACCACGGCACUACCUAAUCUCAGAGCUUUGCCUUUGCGGAGUUUACCUUCCGCACAAGUGCGGCAUCGCUCCGACGUGAUUGCAAGCUAUAUUUCCCCAACAACUAAAACUGCCUAUGACGCACACUUAUUGCGUACCUGCUACAAUUACAACGUCUUUAAAGUGAGGUCAAUUUACUUUAAUGUGUUGGUGAUAUAGCGUAGUUGUUUUGCACUGAAUAUAAUCUUUAUGUAAGUCUUGUUCUAUAUUGAUGUUAACAAUAUGCUCGUUUCCUGUUGUUUCUCCUGUGAAAGACGGAACUGUGUGCCCCCGCCCCCUCCCCUCCACCGUUGUUGAUGUAAAAUCACAAAUAAACAAGAUGGCUCACGUUAAUUUCUGCUCUUUAUUGAUCACCCAUCACACACGUACAACACGUUUGAAAUGUGCAUAUUCACAUGAAUAUCCUGCAAAGCGCACAUGUGCACUUCAAGAUAAAAAAAAUUAUCCCAAUUAAAACAGUUUAAUUAUAAAAUGGCAAAACAUGCAGAGGCGCUUUCAUUAACACGUGCUGUUUGCGCAUCUCUCAGCCCAGAAGGGCAGAGAAACGCGCACGCAUUUAAAGCCUCUUGAGUAAACUCAUUUAGUUACCAACUUAAAAAAGAAAGUAUACACGUAGAGUUGUAUUAAUUUAACAUUUUGGGGAAAGCUGUGAGUCCCUCUCGCAGCAUGCCCACUUUUCACAGCCUAAGUCAUAUUUGAUUCAUCCUUUUAAUAAGAAACACCCUCUCUUUUGGGAGAAAGUCAAGCAUUCAUUAAUGAAUCUCGGGAUGAGUUAUAUCACUUUCCGAUGAGACAAGCAAACAUCCAGGGUGUUGCCUUAAUAAUCAGACUAAAUAAAGGCAAAGCAUUAGGAGGGACUGCAUUUUUGUUCGCCGCGGAGGGUUUUGGGUCCAGAUAAACCCAAAGAUGCGUCGGGGUGCAGAAAUGAGGAGGGACAGGAGGCCAAGUGCAUGUAGGAAUCUCCUGAGCGCUGUGUCGUCCUCACCGUGCUCGUAAGAUGAUCUGGAUGACACAGAAGAUGUGAUCAGGACACAUAACAACAAACACAGCUCAAAUAUGCUGAGUUCAGCAAUUCACCCUUUCCACUUUAAGGCAAAGGUAAUCAAAGCCAAUCAGAAUGAAGAUGUUAUGUUAAAAAAAUCAAAGUCAACCCAGUUUUUCUUAAAGUGCCAACAGUAUAACACUUAGAGGCAACGCACAACUUUCAUAGUUAUUAGUUAUUUUUCAUACUUUGCACAAAUUAAAUUUUUUUUUACCCUUACUGCCGUACAAAAAUGAAAUAACUGUGGUCAAACUUCGUCCGCUCAGUUGACAUUUUUGAAUACAGUGUGUGCAGCUAACGCUGUGAAUGCAAAUGACGAGACACGGUUAGUGCUGCACAAUGUUAUUACACCUUAUAAAUAUAGAUGUGUGUUUAUAUAUAUAUUCUUAAUAACUACAUAGAAACAAACCUUUUUUUAAAUUUAAAAUGAAAUCUUAAAUUCAAAAGAAAUGUUUAAUUUCUUUCAUAGACAGACAUUUACACUGAGUCAAUUUACGCAAAACAAAUUCGGUGUUUUACUUUAAAUUGGACCAGCAUUUAAAGUGUAUAGGUAACAAAUGAAAAAAAGGUUUAGAAAAUGAAAAACAGACUAAUCAAAAACAGAGGUUUCUUUUUUUGUUGUAAAUUUCAAAAAAAUCUUAAAGAGCCGGUUUAGCCUCACGAAAGAAAACGUGAGGAACAGGAUGUGAUCACAUUGUAAAAUCCCCGACUUACCUGAAACCCAAUUUUUAGCUUUUUCUUUGUCCUAAAACUUAAUACUGAGCAAAUAGAGACACUUGUGUAUCUGAAAACCUACAGGUUUUUUCUCCCUUUUGUUGUCUAAUUUCUAAUGUCUUUCCGCGUUAUUCAUAAAAAAAAAAAAAAAAAAAAAAUCCCAGCUAGUCUAAACCUGCACAUAGAUCCAUCUCACCGCUUGGAGAAAUCCCUCUCGGUUGUGAGUGUGUAUAUACUUUUACUAGUGAGUUAACAUUACCAAUAAAGUUUAGUGUACCUGCAGUAAACUUUAUUGGGGUGUAAAGACAUGGGUCACAUGGCUCUGCGUCUUUUGUCUCCUUGUGGCUCUGCUGUUUGCGGGAAAAACGGCCUGCGAGGAUUCCCCGCAUUUCUAGUGUUUGACAGUUAUGUUUCUUUUUUGUUAUUAUUGCAUUCUUAAUACUUGCUUUAAAAUUAUAUUUCGCCACAUCAACAAAAUAAUUCCUUAAAAAAAGAGCCAGACUGCGUACAAUCUGCCUGGUGGGUUUGGAUAAAGCAUGUGUUGUCUAUAUCUUGGAUACCAUGAAACUAAUGCUUUUAGCAUUACAUUAUAUGCUUGCAAUUGUUUUUACCAUAUGAGUGGAAAAUGCACCAGGGUUUCAUACUCAUCCAGACACCGCUGAUGACGCAGGAACCUAUUUAUAUUGACCUCUUUUUUAAAAAAAAGUCUCUAAAAAUGUUUCAGUUAAAGUGAAUCUUUUACAGACUUUCUAUUCUAUAUAGCUUUAUUUUCUUUCCUUUUUGAUCUGUGUAAAGAUGUGUUAGAGCUCCACCACCUCUCCUGCAUGUGGAGCAUUUCGUUGAUGCAGGGUAUGACGCGCAGGUUGUCGACGCUUGGAAAAUCAAGACAAUAAUCAAUUGAGGGUUUUCAUAGUUGAAUGAAAAAAUUGGGUGGACCUAACUGUCAAUUAUUGACUCAAACGUAUUUGUCAGUUAUUGACUUAGACUUAUUUGUCUACAGUCGCUGCUUUGGCUACGUCAUGGUGCACACCUUGUCUGGCAGACUCCACGUUUUGUGUAACACCGAGGAUUUUGUCGCAUCUUGUUGUGGUGCGGUCGUUGUUAGUUUUUUCUUAAGAGGAAAAAGCGGAAUCAAAAGAUGGGUGCAAACAUUCCUGGUUGUUAAAGGAGAGAAAUUUACAGCUGAGUAAUAAAAGUUUACGACUGAAUCCUUCCUACGAUUGGCUGCGGCGAGCCACGUGGCGCACGCUCUGUGAACAUGAACUUUAUGCUGUUGUCUAUUCCCUGCUCCUUCCCUUGAAUCAGCAGCAGACUAAGCCGCAGAGUAGAAACGCCUUUUUCCUCUUUUGUGGUGGUUAAAAAUGUUCCAAAGCCACUUUGCUUCAUGACCGGAUUCGAUGCAGCGCCGAUCUGAGACUUCCUGACAGAUGGAUCUUCCGGACAGUUACCGCCUCUACAGCCGCAGCCAGCCUCAUUCUCCCCCUCUGAACGCAAUUAAACGGUGCGACUUGGAGAACAGCAGGCGAUCCCGACAGAAAAGUCUUUCCACAGCAGACAGAAAGUCCGAUUCUAGUAGAUGCCCUCCAACAUGAGUGAAAAGAAGCAAGAGACGCGCGCUAUGUUGAUAAAACUCUGCUGCCAUUAUGACCCCUCAGCUGCUGCCUGGAGCACCAGAGGCAGCUCAGAGAGCAGCACUUUCGGUCCAUUUAAAGUUGUUUCAUUUUAGGAAUUACCAGUAAGGCCCACGGUGUUCUGUUAUUUUCAUUCCAGAAAGAAAAUUCCGCUUAGUGAAGCGGAAUGCUUUUUAGCUCUUGUGGCAGCUUUGUUUUAUCUUUUAUUAAGAAGUAUGGCAAAGCCUCUUUUUGUGAAAGCCCUUCCAACCUAUUUGCUUUUCCCUUAUGAAACGUUGCUGCUGCAGCACGUUUAUUUAGCCAGCAGAGAGAAACAGAGAGGAAAGUCCAUUAAUAAACGACUUGUUAGGUAAAUCUCCUUUUAAGAUUAAGAAGGGAAAAUCGCGGGCCAUUGUUGAGCUCUUUAGGAUUUUAAAAAGCAGAGUUAAGCUGACAUCAAACUCCAUGAAAGUCGUGAAGCUGUCUGCGUCACCACAUUUAGAAACUCACUUACAAACCCCGACAGGACAAAAAUUUUCCCCAAACUAAUGGUCAUAAUUUAUGACGUGCGGAUCAACAUGUGCUCAUUGGGCAGCAGCUUCCUGAGUGCUUAACGAGCAUGAAGUCGAACACUUCCGGACAUUAAUUGGACUAGCCAGCGAUGGUGAAGUGCUUCUAGAAGAGCUUUACAUUGUUAGUAUGUGAAUUACUCCUCAUUAGAAGCGCGGGAG